AUCGCCUAGUUUUCCCCACCCUUCGCCUUUCACCACCAAACGAGCGUGUUUGUGUAAGUUAUCUGUUAUCUAUCUGGUUAACGAAUAUUUUGCGAAGUUACGUUGUACUGUAGCAUGGCGUAGGUUUUCUGAAAUGUAUUGUAUCGUUGAGACUCGAAUGUUUGAAAUCAAAUCAAGAAAAACGAACCAAAAAUCAUCGUAACGUCAGGUAAACGUCACAGUAUUCGGCGUUUUGUUGGUUUUAUUACUCAUAAGUGUCAUACAGCUGCGUUCAUUUUGGCAGUUAGAUUCAAACUUGAUUGAUUGAAGGCUACCGAUAUAGUUUGAAACGAUGGGAAAACGUAACGAUACCAGUUCGUCCGAAGAAGACUACGUUGUCGAACGAGUCGUUGGUAAAAAAAUAUGCAGAGGUAAAACGUAUUAUCGAAUCAAAUGGUUGGGCUAUCCGGAAGAACAAAACACCUGGGAACCUCUGAAAAACUGCACCGGAGCUUUAUCGCUGAUACGCGAAUUCGAAGCAAAUUACGAACAAAACGACGACGAACAGGAACAGUCCAGAUCACGGAGCAGAUCACGAAACGAUGCUGUAAAGCGGAAAUCAAAAUCAAGUUACCAGAAACCCGACGUCUACGAAACAAGUAAACAAUUCGAAGGGUUAAUUAUCGAUUUAGAUGACAUGACUGGUAGUAAAUUAGUACCACAGCUCCACAUUGUAAGGAGUGAUGCAGACACGCCUUCUGCCGAUAGGAACGACGAUGGAUACAGUUUCAGAAAAGUAAUCGACCCGAAGGCAAAAACAACCAUACGCCGGUCAUCGGAACGUGACUUCGGUGAUGAAAAGAAUACGAGUUCGUUGGACCAAGAUGAUGAAACUGUGCCUGAACUUAUUGAGCCAGGAACACGCCGGAAUGACACUGGUUCUGAUCUCAAUAACGCAUCACCUAAUCCGACCAAUGGUACGGUCAACGAUGACCCAAUAGUUCCUUCAAUUACGGCUGCUGUUUCGGAUACCGAUCCGAAGGAUGAAUUGAAAUUACGUUUAAGCAAGUACUGUGAUAAUGAUCUCGAAAUUGUCGGACUCGAACCGGUCAAAGGAUCAGUUGAGAUUGGUAUUCGAAUUAAACAUGACAAGAAUGUAGUGUGCAGAUUCAGUUCGAAAGAAGUUACCCGACUUUGGCCUCAGCUAUAUGUGUCGUUCUUAGAGAGCCAUAUCGUCUUCGAAGAUAAGUCUUCUAUGUGAAGAUUUCGCUUGUUCCGGAGUCGUCUAUUUAUACGAUGGCUAUCGACUAUGAUUGCAUUUCAUGUCAUUAUAGAGUACAAUUUCGUAUUUGUUAAUCCAGUGAAUUUUCCAUUAAUUUUUACUUUUGAAUGGUAUACUCGCUCCGAAUGUUUUGGUUAAAGUAUCGUUCGAUGUUUUCCAUGUUUCGUGUGUGUUAAUUUUUUUAAUAUAUUUAUAAUAUUUUCGUA